AUGGAUCGAGGACGACUUCCAGACGAAGAGGACGCGGAUCUGUUCCGAGUGCCGGAUACCGCUGGCGGUGCUGGUUUCGUUCCAUCGGGUUCCACUGACCGGUGGCUGGAUGGCACAAAGUACCGUGUUGGGGACUGCUUACCGUACCGCGGCGAGGCAUGUCGGCAAUUCUUGAGUGGGCGGAGUGUGAUGAUGACAAGUGAGAGUCGAGAGGAUAUGUAUGAUAUUGAUAGGAACCUUCGAGCUGCCAUGAUGUUCAUCAACGGCGCCCCGACGAUCUCACAACAAUGCCGACAGAUCUCGACGAAUGUCGCCUGCUUUCACAUGUACAAAGUGUGUGACCCAAGGUCAUCCGUGGAGAAUCGACGGGUGCUGACCGUCUGUAAGAAGGACUGUGACGAGAUCCAGAGUCGCCUGUGCCCGUCAGAAUUGGCCUUGGCUGCCCAACACGAACUCGUUGGUGACGGACCAAAAGCGCUCUUUCCUCACUGUUCGGCUCUUUCACCGUCUUCAAAUAACUGCAUUGGUGUCCUCGAUUCGCCGAACCCAGUGAUGCCUAUCGAGUCAGAGAUUCCACGCGGUCAUCUGACGCAUUUCUGUUAUGUGGACAGUGGGAAACACUACGAGGGCUCCGCAUCGACAACAAUAACAGGGAAGACGUGCAUGAACUGGAAUGACGCCCCUUCA